GCUUCCAUCACUUACGUUGAUAAUUGAAGAUUACAGAUAGGACUCUAGUGCAGUUUUGCGACUUUGUACUUAUCCAGUUUCGAAGGAACACAAGAGAAUAAUUAUGCGGUCUAUGAUUCUCCUUCCCGCGCUGAUGGCUGUCUGCGCCGUCCCUUCCGCUGCAAACUUCAUGAAGUUCGGAAAUCUUGUGGUCCCCGGGAUGGUGAAGCGGCACGAGGUCCCGUUCGCCGCGUUCUCAGCAGGUCUUACCACGAUGCAACACAACAUCACUGACAAAUCCAACGUCCAGUUCGACAAAGUGUUCAUAAACUCAGGCAACGGCUAUGACCCGAGCACGGGCGUGUUCACAUGCAACCAUGAUGGCGUCUACGUCUUCAUUUACCACGGACUCUCAGAAUCGGCAGGUACUCUGUGGUUGGACCUGUACAAGAACGACGAGUACCAGAUCACCGGAUAUGCUCACAACAACAACGACUGGGCCGCCGCCAGCAACGCCAUGCUGCUACAGCUGGCUGAAAAUGACCGUGUUUCCGUACAAGCGCAUGGCUCCAGCAAUCUAUACGGACUGACGGACGAAGUCUAUGCCACUUUCUCUGGAUUUAUUCUUAUUCCUCUCGGUCAAGGACAUGAUCACGUAGGCGGCCGAUAAUAACCGGGAACAGCCGAAAGGCGAAAACGGAAGUGACGUCAAAUUUUACGUAUUUGAAAAGUAUUGAAUAAAGAAUAUACUUGAUCGAA